AUGUUCCCAGUAAAAUACUCAAAAACGUAUAUCCAUUCUAUUCCUAUUAUAUUUAAAAAGAUAACUUCAUUAUCUAUUAACCAAACAGAAUAUGCUAAAAUAUUAGCAAAUUCUUUAAUUCAAGGUGAUCGUUAUAGUUUAGCAAAGGCAAUCACACUUUUGGAAUCUACUAAAGCUGAACGUCGUGCUGAAGGUCAAUAUAUUCUUGAUACAAUAAUAAAGCAUUUAAUGCAACAGGAACUCACUACGGGAAAAUAUACAUUCAGAAUUGGUCUUUCUGGCCCACCAGGUGCUGGAAAAAGUUCAUUUAUUGAAGCACUAGGUAGUCGCCUUACAGGAAAAAGACCAUGGAAUCCUGUAACCGAUUCUUGCUAUACACCAUAUGGUAAGCAGCAACUGACACCGGCCGAAGAUUAUCUCAAUGAAGAAAUCAAAAGACCUCAUCGUGUAGCUGUCUUGGCAAUAGACCCUUCUUCAAAUACAACUGGUGGUAGUCUCCUGGCGGAUAAAACCCGAAUGCCUGAGUUGUCCUCUAAUAUGGAUGCCUACAUACGACCAUCUCCCAGUGGCGGUAAUUUAGGUGGUGUUGCUCGUGCAACCAGCGAAUCGAUUUUACUUUGCGAAGCUGCAGGUUUUGAAACCGUCCUUGUAGAAACUGUUGGUGUUGGACAGUUAGAGUUUGCUGCUGCAGAUAUGGUUGAUAUGUUUGUCCUGAUUAUUCCCCCUGCUGGAGGUGAUGAAUUACAAGGUAUAAAACGAGGGAUUGUUGAAGUUGCUGAUCUAGUUCUAGUUAAUAAAGCAGAUGGUGAACUGUUACAUCCAGCUUGUCGUAUCGCUCCAGAAUAUUCUAAUGCUCUGAAAUAUAUACGUUGUCGAAGACCUAAUUGGAUACCGAAAGUUCAACUUGUAUCCAGUCUAACAGGUGAUGGUCUAAUAGAAUUUUGGUCUACAGCUUUUAAUUUUCAUCAGACACAAAUUAAAUCGGGUGAAUUACAGAGAAUAAGAAAAGAACAAUUAAAAAUUUGGAUGUGGACAUUUGUCAAAGAAGAGAUUUGGCGUAGAUUCAAGAAUAGUCCAUUGAUUCAAGAGAAACAAAAAGAAAUCGAAAAAUUAUUGUUCAACAGAGAAAUUGCUCCUGGUUUAGCCGCUGAAUUGUUACUCGAUAUGAAAAAUAAAGAACCAUAAUGCGCAUAUACAUAUAUUUAUUUAUUUAUUACAUAACACUAAUUUUAUUCUUAUACUUAUAAAAAUUUGGAUCUUAUUAAUCGAUCUCAAAAAC